AUGAAGCUCUCCGAAAAACCAAAAACCGAGACCUUUGAAAGUACCAAACCAACCGAUAGGUUGGCCUUCAUCACAAAUCCUUGCGUCAAGUUAGCAAUACCUAUCGGGCCCCGUUUCCAGGUCCACGUACCCUCAUGGUCUCCUCCUUUCACAAGCACCAAAAAUGGGCCAAAACCGGUCGACUCAAGGUGGUUAGGAGCCCAAAUAUGGCCCACUAAGGGAAAAAUGCAAGAAGAUACCAAACACGACAACACGAUCGGCAAAGGCAGGCCCGACACUUGCGAAUGCGCAAUCCCAUUAUCGAUCGAGUGCGUUAGACGGCACGUCUCGGAUAAAAGGACUCGACUGAGGGUGGAACUCGGGCCUGCCUUCUGGCAAUGGAAGUUUGACAGUAUGGGAGAAGAUGUGUCGAGGAUGUGGAGUCGAGAAGACGAGAGUGCAUUCUCGAAUGUCGUUAGAAUGAAACCGAGCUCACAUGGCGGGGGAUUUGUGAAGUGGGCCUUGGAGUGUUUUCCCAGCCACAAUAAAGGGAGUAUCUUGAGCUAUUAUUUGAAUGUGUAUAUCCCGAGGCGGAUAAGGAUUCAAACCGGGUCGGGAUGUGUGGCGAUUGACACAGAUGAAGAGGAGGUGGAGGAGGAAGAAGAGGAGAUAGUGCCGAUUAAAAGGUCGCGAAAAAGGUUGCGGGCUAACAGUUUGGUUUCGGGAAGUUCAAUGAAGUACAUAAAGAAAAAGUACUUAAGCAGAUGCCGGUGA